AGGGAACUGCUCAGAAGACAUUUUAGUCCAAAUUUCGUCUGCGCAAUAGUCAGCUGUACCGGUAAGGAUCGGAGAAGAGCACCAUGUCGAUGACAGUGAAAGCUUACCUCCUCGGAAAGGAAGACAUUCAGAAGGAGAUUCGCCGCUUCACGAUUCCUGAAGAUGCAUCGAGCAGCUUCGUUUAUCUCACUCAGAAGAUAACCGAUAUUUUCCAGAGCCUUCGCAAUGCCACCUUUCAGACCUACUAUAAAGAUGAGGAUGGAGAUAUGAUUGCUUUCUCCUCCGAUGAGGAACUCAUCAUGGGACUGUCCUGCAUGAAGGACAAAACCUUCCUUCUCUAUAUCAAAGAAAAGAAGGAACACAAGCGAGAGCAGGUCCCCAACGGAGCCCAGGCUCCCUGUGAUCCGACCAAUAGAGCACCUCCACCUCACGCGAUGGUGCACCCCAAUGUGACAUGCGACGGCUGCGAUGGUUCAGUGGUUGGAACACGCUUUAAGUGCACCGUGUGCCCCGACUAUGAUCUCUGUGCCCCCUGCCAGGCCAAGGGGCUUCAUAAGGAGCAUGCCCUGCUACCCAUCUUGCACCCUCUCUACAACAUAUUUGAGUGUAUUCCUCGUGGGAAGUGGCUGCGCAAGAUGAGGCAUGGCUACCCUUACUGCAUGUGGGCAGGAACCCAGGCGCAGAACCAGGGUCAAUUCCAGCCAGGCCCCUCUGGACAGCAGCCGGCCUCUCAUCCCACCCAGAAAGCCCAGGGGGGUGACCAGCCUGGGGACGCUUCCAGCCAGGCCAAUGUGGAGUACCUGAAGGACAUUGGACAAAGCGUGGCUGCCAUGUUGAGUCCUUUGGGCAUUGAUGUGGAUGUUGAUGUGGAGCAUGACGGCAAACGGACCAAAGUGACUCCAACUCCCCCGGGUUCUGGGGGCCCCUCCAGCCUGCAAUCCACCAAGUCAAAGGACAGCUGGCAAGAGGGGGAACCAAAGAGAGCCAACAGCUUGCAGGAUGACAAGGAAUGCAAGGACCAGGGCAAAGAUGAAGAGUGGACCCAUCUCAGUUCCAAAGAAGUGGAUCCCUCCACAGGGGAGCUGCAGUCAAUGAGGAUGCAGCCUGACAGUCCAGAGUUCUCUGCUGCCUCCGCACAGGCUUCUGUCGGCAUGAGAGAGGCAGCACUAUACCCCCAUUUGCCUCAAGAUGCUGAUCCACGUCUAGUCGAAUCCCUGGCUCAGAUGCUGUCCAUGGGUUUCACUGACGAGGGUGGCUGGCUCACUCGGCUCCUUCACACCAAGAAUUAUGAUAUUGGAGCCGUACUGGAUGCCAUCCAGUAUGGCAAAAACAAAGGCCCCAAGAAGUAACUCCAGGGCACCUAAACCAAUUAACACCAGUUGAUUCUUCUGCCACUUAUCUACGUAGAAAUGAUUUCUGCUUCUGUCGACUUAACAUAACCUCAGUUUUGCACAAGUUAUAUAAUCUUGUAGCUGCAUAUAAAGGGUCCAUGGCAAGAGAUUAACUAGCCUUAUUAUAGAGAUGGCAAAAAUCCUUUAAAGCGGGUCUUCUGAUUUAAUGAGAUUUUAUUCAUUGUGAUGGUUAGUUUCAUAUUGCUAUAAAUGGCAGACGUAAGAUGAGUUGGGUCUUAGAAUGGUUGAUAGUCAGUGAAACGAUCAUGCCAGGCUUUGGGUUUCUGGUCACUAUGAAGGAUGUUUGCUGAAGUCUUUUUAUAUGACAAUCAUUAAAUGCAGAAUCUUUGUCCUUCCUCUUAAUAAAUAAAUAGCAUAUGAAGCAA